AUUAUCUGCAAAAUACAUUUUUGUGAUAUAUUUGAAUAAUGGCGUUGCCAAAAUUUUUCAAACUUGUUAUAAAUGUCUGUUUGUAUAUGAAUUCAACUGAAGUGCUAUAUUAUCUCGAGCCAUUAUCAAUCAUUUCAAAAAUUAAAGGGGAACGAUGUGAAUGCACAGAUACAUAUACACCAUCCCAGUUAUUAUAUAAGGUUUCUUCGUCUUGUUUUGAAGGCAAGAAUUUAAUCUAUGGAUUUUGUGAACCGACUUUAAUUACGAGUUCUAAUGUCGUAAUUAAAUGUUUAACAAACCAUCAAACUCUUUUAAAGAACUUCACUGCUACUUGUUCGCCAUAUAAUAGCGUAUGGAGCUUCUACGAAUACCCGGUAUUUUCAAAUUACAGCUUUUAUCUAAUUUACAUGAUAAUUGGAGGUUUAAUUGUUAUUCUUACUUUAUCUAUGAACUUUUUAAUCAUAUUCGCAGUUGCAAAAUCUAAACCUUCUAAAUCGCUUAAUGCUGUGAUAUAUGCAGUACAUAUGGCUUUAAUUGAUCUAUCGUUAGGACUUUUUGCUCAACCCAUGUUUUUAUUUUUGCUUAUUGUAUCUGAAGAGUACUCGUUUCACGAUCACAUCGUUAUAUCUAAAAAAACAUACACAUCUUUGACAAACUGGUAUGAGCAGAUAGAUUACAUACUAAUAAAUGCCCAGUUUGCAAAUUUAGCAAUGUUGUCGGUAGAAAGAUGCAUUGUUGUAGUAAAACCGUUUUGGUAUUUUGAGAAAGUUACGUAUAAAAGUUGCGUUUAUUCGAUAGGAGUGGUGUGGGUUUAUACGCUAGUAAUAUUUUUGUUUAAUUUUUUUUAUAAAAAUGUUCAAAAUGUAAUAUAUAUUACAUUAACGUUUGCAUAUGGCAUACCCACAAUUAUAAUGGUAAUAAGUUAUCUUAUAAUCAUGUAUGAACUUCGGAAGUCUAAGUUUCAAAUAAUUCCUAAUUCAAUCAAAAAUAACCAUUUGUUAGUGGCAUGCAGACUUGUCAAGCUUGUUGCGGCUUUCAUUAUUUUCUGGAUACCGUUUUUUAUUUGUUUUAUGCUGCAGCUAAAAAGUGAAACUACGGAGAUAAAAAAUGCAACUUUUUGGACAAAGCUGUUAUCUUACUGUCAUUGUUUUCUUGAUCCAGUACUUUAUUCUAUUUCCCAUUAUAAAAUUAAAAAAGAAAUUGGUAGAACUAUAUUAUCUUUGACAGGAGUCAAUGUAAAAUCGAAGGAAAAAGUUUCUUUACAUCCGAAAUCUUCCAAUUUAUCUAAAAUUGUAAAGAAUAAAAGUUACAUUGUUAAUACGAUAUUUGAAAAAAAAAGUUAA